AUGUUGACUCGAGCCCUCCGAUUACCGGCUCUUCGAGGCUCCCUCACCUCCCUCCUUCCCAACUCUACACACGCCUCCCUCCAGCCGGUGAUUAACCGCUCCCUCCUGCAAACUCGAUUUCUUUCCAAUGAAGUGCGCAGCGCAAUCGACAAGGCUGUUGCGUCGGCGCCGGUCGUGCUGUUUAUGAAGGGUACUCCAGAGACGCCACAAUGUGGAUUCAGCCGGACGAGCAUCCAGAUACUAGGCAUGCAGGGCGUGGAUCCAACCAAAUUCACUGCUUUCAAUGUGCUUGAAGAUCAAGAGCUGAGAGAUGGAAUAAAAGAAUACUCGGACUGGCCUACGAUCCCACAAUUAUACGUGGACAAUGAAUUCAUUGGUGGUUGUGAUAUUUUGAUCAACAUGCACAAGGACGGAAGUUUGGCUGAGUUGCUGGCGGACAAGAAUGUCCUGGUUCUAGAGGAGGGGGAGGGCGACAUCGAAGGCGAAAAGGCCGAAGCAGUACGCAGAGCGUCUGAGCAAAGUACUGGAGGCAGAAGCAAGGAUGCCAAAGGUGAGAGUUCGUAA